GGCUCCAUUCAGCCUAAGAUGGCUGAGCCAAUCAGAAGUGGUAACUCCAGUGGCCAUACUCUCUCUUAAUAUAGGUACUCUAGGAGCCCGCAAUUUUCACGAUCAUCGAUGAGGUCGCGGCUCUACAACCAACGCUCUUUUAAAUGGUGACCAUAGUGACCGGGUAGUGUAAGCCUCUUAGGCUUUUUUGUAAAUUUUGUAUAUUUUGUACAGUUGUACAUAUUAUUAUAAAAGAUGGAUAACAAGAAUCCGUUGAAAUAUGUAAUAAUUAAUGGAAAGCCAAUCUUGGUAAGAUUUCAACCUACAACAAGUACACAAGAGAAUGAAUCAGCACCUCUGAUCAAGAAGCAACCAGCGCCUACUAUUACUAUUCGACCAGCUACAACAGGUAGUACACCAGAGAAUAAUGACCCUCCGCCUCCGGGUCAAAAAAAGUCAGAACCAGCAAAAAAGAAGCCACCCAGUACCGAUAAGGACAAGUGGAAUCCGGAACAAAUUUUAGAGCUUAUUAUGGCUGUCAAAGAACAGCCCAAUCUCUACGACAACAAAUCAGAAACAUUUCACAAUCGGGUUAAAAGGGAGGAGAGCUGGAGCAUGGUCUCAAAACAAGUCUCCCUCUUCAAAGAAGGCACAACUGUCGAUGAUGUCAAAGCUAAAUGGCAUUCUUUACGUACGCAGUUUGCGGCUGAACAGAAGAAAGUGAGAGAGAGCACGGGUAUUGGUGCUGCUGGAGGAAAAAAAGGAUACACCCCCUCUAUGAAGUUCUAUCAUGAAAUAUAUUUCAUCAAAGAAUUCAUAGAUGCUCGUAGAACAAUUGAUAACUCUGAGUCUGAAGACCAUCAUGUCCGCUAUGUUCGUGUUCAAUUCAACAAUUUUGUCGCUACGCAUCGGCAUUGUUAUUCAUUAAACUGA